UGGGCCCGAUAGUCAAGAAAGAGAGGCUGCAUAGGUACCGUUAUUGGGGAAACUUUGUCCAUUUUUCUUGGUGGAAAAAAGAGUGGCUGGUGGAGGAAUAAAAAGAAAAGCUGAAAGAAAAACAGGUGGGCAGGUGAGAAUCAGAAGGGGUUAAAGUAGCAAGCAACGAUGUUAGAACUAUCCAGUAGACGUCGACGGUCUGUGUGCUCCGGCCGCGGAGGCUGCGCGGAAAAAUCGAUAGCCAACGCCAACCGACGGCGUCGUCGUCGACGGCGGCGACGGUAGCUGUGGUGGCGGCGGUAGUGGUAGUAGUGGUGGUGGUGGAGGUAGUGGUAGUGGUGGUGGUUGCGAGUAGCGCGAUAGAGACCAAUGGUGCAGUCAACGUUGGGACCGGCAGCCCAAAAGACACACGCGGAACUCACGCGUUCUUUACCCCUUCCGUCGAGCACCCCCUUCUGACACCUCUUACCCUCGAACAGUCGUACGGCCCUGAAAGAACGUGCCGCGAUCCGAACUGCUUUUUUUCUUUGGGGCACGCUUCAGUCCGCAGGCAAACGAACACAGAGAAGCCGUACAUCGGCUAUAGUGCUCGUUUACCGGACGUGUAGUGGGUGUGUGAUAGAAAUGUAAUGCUAGUGACGCGACGUGACGCGACGUAACGCGAUCCAACGCGGUAUGACGUUUCUUUAGUUCUUUCGUCAUCGUUGCCUGUCUCCCUGCUGCGUACGGAUCGCGUGUGAGCCGACGACAAACGCAAUGUUGUGACGCGUGACACAGCGCACCGGUCCGACACGGCGUUUCAAUGCUCAGGGACGUUGCCUCCGUUCCUUCGUAUCUUCUUCUCGUGUACAUCCGAGCAUGGAUGAUAAAUGUUCGAGUGAACGGUAGGAUGAUUGCUGUCGACGGGAGGACGCAGAAAAUUGCACACUUUUCGAUGUUAAGAUGGAUUAGCGGUCGAAUAUAUUUCGUAAGUUGACAAGGAUGUUCAGCGAGAGUAUUACCAAAAGGAACAUGAACAAUGAAAUAUAAAAAGAAUUCGGAAAACAUGAAAAGAGUUAAAUCCGUGUAGCACAAGCGUUCGUGAUCCCGUGACAACGAGUGAGAGUCCCCCACAGAGCAAUAAAGAGCAGCUUUUCAUUUUGCACUUUUUAGGGCGCGCAUUCAAAGCGGAAAAAGAUUGUGUCGGACUAAUCCGCGAUUUCUGUGUGCCGUUAAAAGAGAGCAACAAUGAAAAUUCGGGCGACGAUCUAUGUUCGAGUUUAGUAGAAAAAUCUCGUUGCUGAAGCGUGUUUUUUGGUAACGUGGCGUUUGUCAUUUUUCUGCGCUCGUACGCUGUGCGUAUAUAAAUGAAAUUUCGUGAUCAAGAGUCUUCGAGCCUCGAGUUUCAAGCGCUUAACUUCUCACGCCAGCAAUAAAGGUCGAGAUCGAUUCUCGUUAACCAUCGUAGCAAUAAUCAUUUACAAUGGACGUUUUACCAUUGAUAAAGAGGACCCAGAAGAGGAGCGAGAUAUUUUCGAGGACGACGAAAAGAGGCAUUCGUCCUUUCAACUUCUUGGACAUCAGUUGCACGCGUUGUUCGAUAACCAAUGCUUCGAUGACGAAUUUAAAGAGACGUCGAUUCUUUGCGCGACUGUGUUCGUAAUGUGCAUCGUGAAAAGAGGAAAAAUUUUCAAUGAAAUUUUGCCAUACCCAUCCUUGAUCAACGAAAAUUGUGAAGAAUGGAUGGUGCGAAAUACUCGGCGCAUUGUUACAUUUAAGACGCGUUAUCUUCGGUCUUAAUGGAAUUGUGUGGAAUUCAGAGUCCCCGAGAAUACUCCAAGAUUUCGGAGAAAUGGACAAUGUUCAAACACGGAAUUGGCGAAUACGGAAAGAACGUGAAGCGUGUCAGGAUGCUGGAACAACAGGAUUCCACUUGCACCGGCUAAAAUGAAUCGUAGGGAGGACCCGCUGUUGCGGCAGCAUCGCAAUCGCUUGCUGCAAUUAGCGGAGGUGACAAACAUCAAGCCUGGCCGUGGCAGUGGGAAAAGACGAGGCCAAAGACAGUCACACGGUUUUGGACCCAGCAAUGGUGGACCGAGCGCUGGUGGCCGCGUCACCCUCCAGGAUAUCGUCAGAAGCGAUCCUGGAUACACGCCAAACAUCGAGCAUUUAGUUUUCCCAGAGCGUAAGAGCAGCAACCCGAAUUUAGCUAAAACCGGCGAUGAAUCCCCGCCGAACAAAUCCAAGUCGAACGCAACUAAUUCGGGAAGGUCCAGACUCGCGGAAGUGUUCUCCAGGCAUUACUCUAGGGGCUCCUCGCAGGAUUCUUCCGUCACAUCCAGGAAAAAUCACUUAAACAGCACGUCACUGGACAGCGGAGGGACGGUGUCUCAUCAAGCAACAGGGUCGAGCGGAGCCACGGUGGUGACGAGGAGCGCCGGACGUCGUUGGCUGUUGCAGAGCUCGCAAUCCUCCAGGCAACAUUCGGUCGAGGACGGAGUACGUGGGGGCAACGUAGGCGUCAUAGGGCCCGUUUCGACCUCGUCCUCGAGUCAGGCCCCUGCUCCAGCCUUGCCGCCUCGUAGAGUCAGUUCAGCCGCGAAUUCUACCGACAUCUCAAACACGGCCACUGGCUCCCGCGGCGACAGAGGACAAACCGUGUCGAUCCUGCAUUUACGCAGCACAUCCGAUCCUUGGGAAGUUGGAUCUCAAGGCUCAUCAUAUAGCGUCGGUAGCAAUAAAAGUCAAACUGGCGGCAAAGGAAAAUCAAGUGGAAAUGCACGGGGCUCAUACACGCGUGGUACUUCGAUACCAUCCUUGAAGCGCCACGACACAACGGCAUCGGCAUCGUCGACUUCCAGCCUGAAGCAGCAUCGACAGGACAGCCACGGACAGGUGACGGGUUCUCGUCGACGAGAAUCCUCGAAUUCGUUCCUGUCGGGUAACAGCGGCACCUCGGGCGAACUUUUCAUCAGUGGAGAUUGCAGCAGGGAAUUGUCACCGGUGCGAUGGUGCGACAGAGAGGUGGACGGUGUCUAUUUAGGUCGAUCGGGUUGGGUGCAAGUACAACAAAGGUCUCUGGACGAGAAUCGACGGAUAAACUAUGAGAGUAGCUUGGUAACGGCAACCACAGGUACUCUGCCGUUGCCGAGACGAGCCACGGUUAAAUUGGCUGACUAUCAUUGCAACAGCGAACCAGGGAAAUGUCCUGAAGAAUUUCUACGAUUGGAUACCCAGAGACCGGACUAUCUAGCUCUGCAUGGUCAAGACUUUGAAUCCGUAGUGAGCAGCACCUGCACAUCUCCUCACAGCAUCCCCGAAUCUUAUUCCCCGCCGUCGAUUACGCCGAUAAUCUCACCUCCGCCUGCCUUUCAAGAUGUGAUCGGCAAAAAGACCUCCUCGAAGCAUUCUUCCGGGCGUAACAAUUAUGGCAAGCCGCCGUUCCUACCACGAUCCAAUGCUAUAGUGGACAGUGACAUCAUCAGUCCUCCGCCUUCACCUCCGCAUCAAGUGAAUUGGAGUUCCUUGCCACCAUCUUCCCGGAAGUCAUCGAACACACCGUCCAGAUCUAGAAGGCAAAACAGUAACAGUCAACAACAACAACAGCAACAACAAUAUCGAAUGGCGCAAGCUAAAUCAUUGGAAGAUCAGUCCUCUUCGAGAAGAUCGCAGUUCGUCCAACGUUACCUAGAGUCCUCGAGCUCAUCUUCGUCGUCAGUAGGUUUCAGAAGUCUGGACAGUUGCGUAACGAGAUCGACGAUGCCCAGAUUGGCCGAGAACACGGAUUCUUCGGUGGAGGGAUACGACGACGGCGACGACGAGGACGACAAUCCUAGCUCCUCUUUGAAUCUAAGCCUCGUUUCUUCUUCGAUAAUAGCGCUGAAUUCAUCCACAGAGUCCAUCCGCGCUAAUGGGGAAAGGAUUUCACCGAAUAGACAGAGCCGUCACCACAGAAGUCAACAGGGAUUAAGAAGAUCACCCGGAUCCUCGGAAUCCGGCAAGUUAUCGUUCAAUUCGCCUUCCUCCUCCUCGUCGUCGUCAAGCAGCGCGGAGAGACAAGGCAGAUCUCCGACACCCAAUCCUUUUAGGCGUAACAAUGCUUCUAGACAACAUCAGAGUGCCAGAACGACGCAAGCGUCCCCAGAUUCCCAUCAGUCGCGGGUAAGAAGAUCCAGAAGUCUUCAAUUACCCGAGAAGAGGUCCCCCAGCACCGCCGCACCGAGUAGGGAGCAUUCCAGAGAAUCUAACGAGAGCCACAGAGUCGUCGUGAAAAUUUCCACCGAUCGAGGCAACGAAAGAAAACGUCAUGCUCUCCAAAAUAGAAAAGCGCAGUCAACCGAGAACGCGUUAAACGAGGAACUUCUUCGCGAGACCGAGGCAGUAACCGAGUUCCUUUACGGUACGAGGAGUCGCGCAGUGGCUAGAAGUCUUCUCUCGUGUCGCUUCGAGCGCCGUGAAGACAGCCAAGAACAAAGACAAAGAAACAAUCCCAACACUUACGACGUUUAUUUUAUCUCGUCUAAGCAACAGCAAUCUUCGAAAUCAAGCGGCAUGUGUAUACAACAGCAGUCACAGCAGCCGCAGCAAUCGCAACAGCAACAACAGCAACAACAGCAACAACAACAACAACAACAACAAUCCAGACGGCCGAAGACGCUUCAGAGAGGUGCAACGACACCGAAUGCAAAUCCCUCGUCUUCGAACCACGACUUCUGCAUCAGUCCCGACACGAAACUACGCUGCAACAGCAGUACAUGCGAUUUCUGGCCACAUUGCUCACAGAGAGAUACUCUAUACUCCCCUAACCAGGCACCGGUAUUUAUGAAGCUAUCUCAGAGCUACCCGGCUCAUCAAAGACUCCCCACGGACACGGGAAACCACGCGAAUAGAGGAAGCGCCAGCUCAUCCCCAGCAUCGUUAGAGCGAAUGGACGAUCGGGAGUUCCGUGAUCGCGAAACUUCUCGAAAGAAUCGAGCUAACCGGGAACAGAACAACAGCAACGCGUCGAAAUAUCAAGAAAGGCAACCCAAAAGCGUGUUGAAGCAGUCGAAUCGAUGGUCGCCUCUCGAAGGAUCCAAUGGGAACGGGUCGAGCGUAGAAAAGAGGGAAUAUCAUCGAUACUAUCAGAAACCUGAAUUCACUGGCAGCUUCGAAGGUUGUGAAAGUAAAGAUAGAAAAGUGUCGCCGGUUCAAGGGAAGAGUUUUGUGAAUAGAUCGCCGAGUGGUCAAGUCGCAUCCUCAUCGACUACAUCGUCGUCUUCUAGUAGUGACAUUUGGGUCACCACAUCCGAUCGAACGGUGACGAAAAGUCCGAGGAACGCAAAAAGUUCCGGGGCGUCUACUCCAAUGGAAGAUGCGGUGAUUGGUUCUCUGAAGACGCUAAUAGAACCGCCGAAAGAUGGAAUGCUGUCCAGGCCUGGAAGUGCUCCAACGAGAGGGGAGGAUUCUCUGUCAGGGGACGUCUCCUUGGAUCCUCAUCAGCGGUCUCUUUCCUUGCCAAAGUCCUUUCUGACGCAUAAUGGCAAUAACAAAGGAGGAUCCUGGCAACGUGGCCAGAAUUCCCAAAGGUCGAGCCCCAGCCCCAGUCGACUUCACCACGCACAGGAAGCAGCCACGCCUCACACAGCUCCUGUUUCUCCGCUGCACGAUCAACGAUCGAACGCGUACACUGGAAAGGAGAGGAGACGAAUUCCUGGGCUGAGCAAGGCGCAGAGGCGUAUCAAAGCGUCGAGCACGCCGGCGCUUUUGGACCGUGAUGUGGAAAGUCGACAGUGGUCGGGAGACGAAGAGGAUGAGGGCACAACAGGUCACGUAACAACGGAGCAUCCUCUGGCGGAGGCGACAAUUCCCUUGGUCUCCCACUUGCGUCUUCAAGAGCAGCCCUCUAACUUAAGUGCCAAUCUUGUGACCGCUUCCGGGACCCAGAAUCCUCCUCGUUCGAGCACACAGAGCCAGCAAGAGAGCGUUUUGCAGAAAUUCAGAAAGAGCUUCUCCUUGAGGUUCCACAAAAAGGGCAGCAAGGAGAGCAACGAGAGCGAGUGCCCGGCCGAAGAUAACGAUGGAUCAGGCCCUCUGGACGAGGAGGAGGAAAGGGAACCGCCGACUGUCACGGAACAGACCCCUCAACACAAAGAAGACACCAAUAAUGACCAGAAAUUCCGGUUUGGUCCUCUUGUAUGGAGAAGCAGUAAGGAGAGAAAAAAGGGCAGCAAAGCUGCCAGAAACGCGAAAUGCAACAGCGGAGAUAGCGGAAUACAAAUCGAGAUGGUAUCUGGUGGAGCAUUGACUGGGGGUGGUGGUGGUGGAAUGAUGGGGGGUGGUGAUAGCUCCGAGUCCCACGAUACGGACGUCCAAGACGAGACGGACAGCCCUCCAGCCCUUCGUAGGCGAGUCGCUGACAAAUCACGACCCCAGUCCGAGCUCAUCAACCAGAUACUGAUCGACAAAUUUAAGGCGGAUCUUCAGAGCCGCACGUCGAGGCACCAGCAUGUACGCAGAACGAACAGUGAUUUAGGAGGUCAGAGGUUACUCCAGUGGGAUACGAGGUCUGGUUACAGCCACGCGCACAAUUACCGCAGGAUGCUCUCGACGCCAUCACCGAUCAAGACGAGGCCUCCUAGACUCAGUCCGAGGCACUCCUCCCAUGACAUCGUUACGCUGAGAAGUAACGCGAAAGGGAGGAGUUCUCGGACAAAUUUGAGGCGUUCACUUAGUCAACCACUGGGUAUCAAUCAACUAUCACCCUUGAUGCGCACCAAAACUGCAGGCGCGAGGUUGCCCGGUGGAAACGUUCUGUCUGAGGACGAACAAGAUGGAAGAGGUGGAACGUCCGACGAUGAAAUGAUGUCUGAUUCGGAAUCCUCCAUUGCCUCCUUGACGGACAGAAAAAAAUCCUUCGAGCAGACGAUGGACGAAGAAGUCGUAAUCCUGGCUGAAGCUGUUUGGGACCACGUGGCGAUGGAACCAGAGGAGCUAGCUUUUCGCGCUGGCGAUGUGAUCGAAGUUUUGGACAACCUAGACAAAGACUGGUGGUGGGGCAGUUGUAGAGGAGAGCAUGGCUGGUUCCCGGCUGCAUUUGUUAGGUUACGCGUAAGCCAAGAAGAUACUGUCGAGGAUUGUUUGGCGGCGAUGGCUUCUGGAGGCGCGUCAAAUUCGCAACUAAGAAGACGUACCAGUGUUUCGCUGUUAUCAAAUGAACAAGUCAGAACGAGCGUAGUUCGUGAACUAGUUCAAACCGAAAGGGAUUUCGUUAAAAUACUAAGGGAUGUUGCGGAGGGUUACAUAGCCGAAUGUCGACGGCGCACGGAUAUGUUUACAGACGAGCAGAUAGAAACGAUUUUUAUCAAUCUCGAAGAGCUGUUGGACUUCCAAUCUGAAUUCUUGAAGGAUCUGGAAACUAGAAUCGACUGGAGUGCUCCGUACAAGAGUUGCGUCGGUGAAUGUUUUCUGAAUCAUAGAGCGGGAUUUCGUAUGUAUUCAGAGUAUUGCAACAGUCAUCCGAUGGCUACCGCCACUUUACAGGAAUUAUAUCAACAUAAUCGUUAUAGCAAGUUCUUUGAAGCGUGCAGGUUAAUGAGAGGGCUGAUAGAAAUUCCUUUGGACGGAUAUUUAUUGACACCAGUGCAACGGAUAUGCAAGUAUCCACUCCAGUUGGCAGAAUUACUGAAAUAUACGAAAACCGAUCAUCCAGAUUACCAUAAGAUUCAGGAAGCUCUAGAAGCAAUGCGAGAUGUUGCGGUUUUGAUUAACGAAAGAAAGAGACGAAUGGAGAGCCUAGAAAAACUUGCUGCGUGGCAACUAAGGGUGGAAGGAUGGGAGGGUGAAGAUCUCAUAGAAGUUUCGUCGCAAUUAAUUUAUCAAGGAGAAGCUGUGAGAGUUACUACCGGCAUGUGGACAAAUAAUAUCACACUUUUCCUAUUCGACCACCAGUUAGUGUAUUGUAAGAAGGAUAUCUUAAAGCGAAAUACCUAUGUGUACAAGGGACGAAUUUAUCUCGACACGAGCGAAGUGAUCGAUGUUCCCGAUGGGAAAGAUCACCAACUAGGUGUAACAGUAAGGCAUUGUUUGAAAGUAUACAGUUGUGUUCGAGACAAGUGGUUGUUAUUCUGCUGCCGCACAGCGGAAGAAAAGCAUCGAUGGUUGGCAGCCAUGGCCGAGGAAAGGAGACUGGUUGCUCAGGACAGAAAUGACGGAUUGGAGUUCCCUGCUGCGGCCAGGCAAUUGGCUAGGAUCGCAGCAACGAGACAGCAGAAUAGACCGCCAAUUAAACCUCGCAACAAAACGUACAAAAGAGAGUCGGCUUACGAAAUGCCUACAAUGGUUGGGCAAGCCACCACAAACUCGUUAGGACGUAAAGUUGGCACUUGGUUCACGUUCGGUAGCAGCAAGAAAAACACGCGACUUCAGCCGUCCUGAGACAGGCCUACCUUCGUACCAUACAUUGACUUGUGAAAGUCUGACGAGAAGCGCUUAAUCGUUGCUUCGCAACCGUGAUUCACAAAUUACUUGUCGUUCAAGAAACAUUUCUCAGAAAAUUUCUUCUCAUCGAGAUUUAUUCGGAUUUUCUUCAAUGUUUCGAUAUUUAAGAAUAUUCGAAUAAACAAACGGACAUCGUAUUCGUUUUAAUCUGUACGAAAGCAAACGAUAACAAGCGCUUGUCGCGUGUAUGGAACGAAGGUAUUUUAUUUAUCUAAUCGUUAAGUUUUAUCUCUUAGUCGUUGUCGAUUCAGCAAUAUCGGUACGUCCUGUUAAAAGGGUAAGCAAAACGCUACGAUUUUCGUCAGUCCGAAUGUAGUUAUUCUCGUUUAAUUUAAAUCACACGCAGUUCGAUAAAAAGGAAGUAUAACUUUGUCGAUAUCGUUGGCGAUAUUUAUUUCACUGCCUCGAAAAGGAUUCUUCUAGAUUCUAUGCUCUGUCGUCUUACAAUCACACAGAUCACUGCAAUCACGGAGUGACAAGGUAUUAUCACUUAGUUGUUUUCAGAAAAAUGAUAACCGUUGUUUAUUCAAAGUAUAACCGCAAGAAAUAUUACUAAUUAAGCGUAAUUAUAAAUUCAUAUAAGCAACGUCUAGACGAAACGUACAAUAUUACAAAAUGGAAAAGAAUAACGUGCGGAAAGUUUGAACUAUUAAAGGCAAAGCGAUAAGUAUCGAGGCG